AAAACUCCUUACAGCAGAAGGAAAAAUCUGUUUCUUGAUCAACUCUAGUCAUAGGCAGUUAAUGUUGCACAGUAGCUAGAAAGAACGGGGGGUGUGGGAUAGCUGACUGCAUUUAAAGUUCGUAUGCAAUGUUGUUGUAGCCAUGUUUGUCCCAGGUACUACCACACCCACUUUGUUUCAGCAUUAAAAGGACACUAUCAAUUUCAAAAUUUCACUUCUGCCUGUAAAUAUUUUACUCGCUCAUUACAAAUAUACCCUAAAAUUACAAUAAGUGAAAGAAAUUAGAAGAAUAAAAGGUUUUUUUUGCAGUUUGUUUACAUUGUGCAUUUGAUAACAGUUUAGCGUAUAAUCAGUUUCACUUUUAAGUCGUAUAUUCUGCUAUCAGGUUCCCUUCUUCUUGAUGUGGGGCUUUCAGGUUAAAACAAAGGAAAGAUGUAAAAAUAAGAUGGUACGAGCGUAAAACCACAGACACUGGCAGAGGGGGUCAAGGGGUGGCAUAGUACUUUAUUUUUUGGUCUAGAUUAAAUUUCAGGUUAAUACCCAACAGCAGGUUAAAGAGAUGUCAGUUUUAAAAAUUGAUUGUUAAAGUACAUUUCUCCACCUGUGCUAUAUAUAAUACCAUGAAUGCAAUUGAAAGCCCAUUAUCAAAUCUGUCAUUAUUUGAGCUCUUAGUUGAGAAUAUGCAUUUCCUUCAGCUUGGAAUAUGAAAGUUAAUAAAGUCAGAUCUAAAUUUCUUUUCUUCUAAACGUUGCUUCAUUUUGAGGUUCUUAGUGCUGUAAUCUUUGUUUCAGACUCGGUGGAGGGAUGUUUAUUUGCUUAUUAAGCAUUGUUUUCAGGGAGAUUAGUGUAAAAUUCUGAAAACAUUAGUGUUUUGCUUUUUUUAAAAGUUCAUUUUUACAAAAUCUUAUCUUUGUGCCAAAUAAAAGUGGAUAAGGCCUUCUAAAAUGUAAACAUCCCUGGUUGUACUGUUAGUCCAAUUUGAUGUCUUCCAUUAUAGCAGUAAGCAAAAUAUUUUUCAGAACAGAUUGUUUUAUUCACAAAAGAAUGAAGGCUGGACACCAAGCUUUUUUUUUUCAGACUGGCUAUUUGGAGGUUUUUCUAAAUUAAUUUCACUCAUUUAAGACAAAAUGCUGAAAUACAUUAAUCCGAGAUGGGGAAUGUUUCUUCCGCACCCAAAUCAAAGUUGUUUCAGAACUGGCUUUUGAGCAAUACUUCACAGCUAUGCCGAUUAUCAGGGUGGCCGAACUCUUUGAAGUGAGCUUGAGAGGGGCACUUCAGGUGCCUCAGGACUGCUCUGAGGUUGCAGGCUGGCUCUUUGCUUGCCUGACGAUUUUAGCUCUUCCUCCACCUUCCCUUCUGGGCCCGGCACCCACCCUUGGAUUUUCUUUGCGGUGGACCCAUCUCCAUCUGACUGUCAGACUCACUCAGAGUAAUAGCAGAAGCAAAUGGAAGAAAGGAGCUUGCUACUCGCAUGGGCGCUAAGCGCUGGAUAGCUAAAGGCGAGUUUAAAUACGUUGGGUCGGCACUACCUAAAAUGGCGCCCUGGCCAAGGCCGAGCUGGACCUCGGCCGGGUGGCGGAGCGGGCAGGGAUGAUGGCGGACCCGGUUUGGGCUUUAAUUGAAUAAAACAAUGGCAACUGCUGAUAGCGAGACACACAAUCCCCUGGAACCUAGAAUCCCAAAGCUACAGUUUGUUCCCUUCACCAGUGCCUUGGAUGCAGGAUUCUGGCAUGAGCUGACCCAGAAGAAACUUAAUGAGUAUAGAUUAGAUGAGACUCCGAAAGGUAUCAAAGGCUACUACUAUAAUGGUGAUCCUUUUGGUCUACCAGCUCGUUUAACAUUGGAGUUUAGUGCCUUUGAUAUGAAUGCUGCCACCCCGGCACAUUGCUGUCCUGCUGUCGGAACGUUAUAUAACACCAACACUUUUGAGUCUUUCAAAUCCUGUGAUAAGAAGUCACUUUUGGAAAAAGCAGCAAAUGAGAUAUGGGAGACAAUAAAAUCAGGGACUGCCCUUGAAAACCCCAUGCUCUUGAACAAAUUCCUGCUUCUGACUUUUGCAGAUUUAAAAAAGUAUCGCUUCUAUUACUGGUUUUGCUACCCUGCUCUCUGCUUCCCUGAUGGCAUACCUAUUGUUCAGCAGGCAGUCUGCCUAGGUGAAAGGUUCUCUCCAACCCAGAUUCAAGCGCUGCAGAAAGCAUAUGAUGAACUUUGCCAGAGAGAAGGAGUUACAGCCUUGCCUUACUUUUUAAUCAAAUAUAAUGACAAGUCUGUUUUGGUGUCACUGCUUAAAAACUGGAAUGAUUUUUUCCAAGAUCAAGAGGAAAAGGUGACAGUUGGAGUUUAUGAUCCCUGCAAUUUUACACAGUAUCCAGGAUGGCCGCUGAGGAACUUGCUGGUCAUGGCAGCACACAGAUGGGGUAGCCACCUCCAUUCAGUUGAAGUGCUCUGCUUCAGAGACAGGACCAUGCAAGGCGUAAGAGACAUAGCACACAGCAGCAUCUUUGAAAUAAAGCUUCCACAGAUGCCACAGAGCCCAGUAGAUUGUCCAAAAGCUGUUGGAUGGGAGAAAAACCAAAAAGGAGGCAUGGGUCCAAGAAUAGUGAAUCUGAGCGAAUGUAUGGAUCCUAAAAGGUUAGCUGAGUCAUCUGUGGAUCUUAAUCUUAAAUUGAUGUGCUGGCGGUUGGUGCCUACGCUUGACCUGGAGAAGGUUGUGUCUUCUAAGUGUCUGCUGCUAGGAGCUGGUACGCUGGGUUGUUGUGUAGCCAGAACCUUAAUGGGAUGGGGAGUCAGACAGAUCACAUUUGUGGACAAUGCAAAAAUCUCCUAUUCCAACCCUGUACGGCAGCCUUUAUAUGAGUUUGAAGAUUGUCUCGGUGGUGGGAAGCCCAAGGCACUUGCGGCAGCAGACAGACUGCAAAAAAUAUUUCCAGGAGUGAAUGCAGAAGGAUUUAACAUGAGCAUCCCCAUGCCAGGUCACCCUGUGAAUUUUUCUGAAGUCACAAUGGAACAGGCUCAAAAGGAUGUGGCACAGCUUGAACGACUCGUUGAUGCUCAUGAUAUUAUUUUCCUGUUAAUGGACACUAGGGAAAGUCGAUGGCUUCCUGCUGUCAUUGCAGCCAGCAAGAGGAAGCUGGUCAUCAAUGCUGCAUUGGGAUUUGACACAUUUGUUGUGAUGAGACAUGGACUAAAGAAACCAAAGCAGCAGGAGUCUGGUGAUUCAUGUUCCAGCAAUGCCUCUGGCUCUGCUGAUCUCCUGGGAUCAUCGCUCUUUUCAAACAUCCCUGGCUAUAAACUUGGCUGCUACUUCUGCAAUGAUGUUGUGGCACCGGGGGAUUCCACCAGGGAUCGGACAUUGGAUCAGCAGUGCACAGUCAGUCGACCAGGAUUAGCCAUGAUAGCUGGAGCCCUUGCAGUAGAGCUAAUGGCUUCUGUUUUGCAGCAUCCAGAAGGUGGUUAUGCUGUUGCUAGCAGUAGUGAUGACAGAAUGAAUGAACCACCUACCUCUCUUGGGCUUGUGCCUCAUCAGAUUCGUGGCUUUUUAUCAAGAUUUGAUAAUGUCCUUCCUGUCAGCCUUGCAUUUGACAAGUGCACAGCUUGCUCUCCCAAAGUCCUUGACCAGUAUGAGCGAGAGGGGUUUAAUUUCCUUGCAAAAGUUUUUAAUUCCUCACAUUCCUUCUUAGAAGACCUAACAGGUCUGACUUUAUUACAUCAGGAAACUCAAGAUGCUGAGAAGGAAAGAGGGGAACCCAAAGAGAGACAUAGGAUUCCCACCUUGUGCCAAAGCCAUAAAAGGGGAUGGAACAGAACAAAGGAGGUCCCAGUCAUGUGAAAUCACCUGCUUUUCACCUAAGAUGCCUGCUGGAAUUAACAAGGCCUGUACCGGGGAAAGGAUUGGGC